AUGCUUCGCACGCUCCGCGCAUCACACACACUGGCAACACAACGUUCGGGCGUGGAUGCUGCUCCGGGGACGUUGGGCCUGCGACUGGCGGCCGCGGCGGAGCGCCGGGGCGCCCUAUCGCUGGGUGGGGCGAAGCCGCCGCCGCAGAUAAGCCCCGGCCAAUGGCGCGCCUCCGAAGCCCGCCUCCGCCCGCCCCGCUGCGCC